AUGCCCCCGAUGUCUCCAUGUAUACAGUGUAGUCAGCGACAUCUCCUGUGUGAUGGACAGCAGCCGCAUUGCGGAUCUUGCCAAGCAUCUAACAUAAUAUGUGAGAUGCCACAGCGCGGAAGCCGCGGAUCGAAGAAGGGAUACCUUAAGGCACUGAGGAGUAGGCUAUCCCACAUUGAAGGAAUGCUAGAGCGCCGAAUGAGGGACCAGCAACAGGAUUUUCCGAUAGCCGAGGGUAGCGGCCAUGAGAUAAAUCAUACAUCUCUUUCACAUGCUCCAGCUUCACAGGCUAUCACGCCUCAUCAGUUUCGCGACAGAGCCCUAAUUGCGGAUGGAUCCGCAACAGAGACCAUUGCACAGAUGAAUCCACCAAUGGAUGCUUGGCUGGACUCCAGCCAGUUUCAUCAACCGUCUCUUUCCUCGAUAUAUCCCACGAAUUUCGGGAACGGCGUGGAUCUGCCGUCACACGUGCAAGCUGAAUUAAAUCAACUGUACUUUGAUCGACUUCACCCGUCCAUACCCCUGGUUCAUCAGAGGCGAUUUAUGUGCCGGACAAAAUCAGAUGAGACACUGUCUUCAUUUAAAUGCCUACAGUAUGCCAUGUGGACUCUAUCCACCUUGUUCUCUGCUCAGUUUCGUGACUUAACCGAAACUAUUUAUUUUGAGGCCAAGCAGCUGUUAGAUGGCCUCAUAGCUUGUUAUGAUCGGGACAGUUCUGGAGAUACUCAGCUCGUGCAAGCGUCAGUACUUGUAGCCAUCUGCGAGUCUGUCCGUGCCCGCCACCAGCAAGCAUGGAUGAGCGCUGGGCGUAGCUUCCGCUUAGUACAAGGCAUGCGUUUCCAUGAGAUCGACAAACCCCGGAUCGAUGGUUCAAUUUCAUCCCAUCUAGACGCCACGGAGACCGAAGAGAGACGUCGCACUUUCUGGGUAGCAUACCUCCUUGAUCAUCUAUUUAGUAUGCGCAAUGAUUGGCCGGUAACACUCAGCGAGCAUGUGGUUUGCACCCGAAUGCCAGCACCAGAGGAGGCCUUUCAAAGCGGCCACAACACUCUUGGUCCCUUUUUAUCUGAAGCAGUAGUAGCCCCUGGGCCUGCUACUCCAUUUAAUGAGUGUCUGAUAUUGGCUACUAUUUGUGGGCGCAGUCUCUUACAUUGCCAGCAACACAAAAUCUCGCUGGCUUAUGGUGGUCUUACAGUAGACUGGGCCGCUCAGAAUCAACGACUUGACGAAACACUUAAGGCGCGACUCGAAGCCUUCUCUGAAUCUUAUGGAUCCCCAACAACUAAGAUGAACGGCCCGUUGUCUGAUUUUGUAGGUAUCCUUGGUCAGACCACAGUGGUCUAUAUGUGCAAGGGGAUAAUGGAAACGCUGUAUUCUGCCACCAACUUGGGGACAUCUGAUAACGGCAAAGAGGAAAUACAAUUGAGAGCCUCGGACGCUAUUGCUGCUAUCAUCUCACUACUUCAGCCCCUCCGCGAAAUUCAUUUUUCCAAGAUACACCCACUUAUGCCUCUUGUCCUGUUCUUCUGUGCUGAAUUCUUGUAUAACAAUAGAACGAACCAUGGAUCGUUUCGGGAGCGCAUACAGGGACUGAUGGCUGCUCUGAGUGAGCUCCAGAACGUUAACGACCCUGAAAAGACCUACCUGGAUCUGCUACCGCGGUCAUGUAUUUCUUCCACUUCUGAAUGGCUAGAAAAAGGCACUAGUGGAAUGAAUGAUAGAUAG